AUGGCCCUAUAUAUAGGGAAUACAAGAGUAAUCAAAGUACAAGUAGGAAAGGAAAGAAUAAUCCUAGUAGGAAAGGAAAGAAGUAUCCUAAUUUAAUUAUACUUCCUAAUAUCCCCCCGCAAGCUGAUCAACGGAGACGAGGGGCAGCUUGGAACAUAAGUACUCAAAAGGAACUGGCGGAAGCGGUUUGCUUAGAAAUUUUAUGUGACAAUCUCCGUCUCAUUUCUUCGACCGGAAAGCGAAAAUGGUGCUCAUUCUUUCCAAUACCUUCCUACAGAGAAGCUUUCACCUUCCAUCGUCGCCCUCUGUUACAAAGGCCAGUACUGGACCGGGAGAUAGGCCCAAUCGGAUCCGAUGGACUUGCAGGAAGAAGGAUAUUCACCCGGCAUUCUACGAGGAUGCCAAGGUUUACUGCAAUGGCGAGCUGGUGAUGACGACCGGCGGGACCAAGAAGGAGUACGUGGUGGAUGUCUGGUCGGGGAACCACCCAUUUUACCUCGGAAGCCGCGCCCAUCUCCUCUCCGACGCCGGCCAGGUCGAGAAAUUCCGCAAGAAGUUCGCCGGUUUGUCUGAUCUUAUGGAAAUCCCGGUGCUGAAAGGUGAAAUUGUGAUUCCUCCUAAGAAGAAAUCCGGUGGGAAAGGAAAGAAGAAGUAGUGAAUUAAUUUCCCUUUCUUUUUUUCUUUUUUUAUGGGUUUCAUUUUCUUGAUUUUCUUUAUGGGCGGGGUAAAGGUUGGGUCUUUUGUACUUAAUGCUGUAUAAUUUGAUUGUUUGAAAGUGUUGCCUUUGGAAAUUUUUCAUCCCAUCAUCCCAGAUGAGUAACUUUUCUCCAUUUCAGUGCUUCUAUGUAUGAUUUAAGCUGAUUUUGUUAUUGAUGUAUCAUGCAAUUGACUUGAUAUAUGGAAGAUUAAGAGUGACUGAUGUUGGUAAUGAUUGAUUAGUAGUUCUUGUACCUAUAAAAUAAAGUUAUACAGACUGG